UUCUCCAUCGCUUCUUCUUCUCUUCCGAUCAUGCGAUCUCGAUUCCUCAGCACCGACUUCUUCUCCUCCGACGACCAAACCCUAGCUCACUUCCACCCUCUCUCCCUCUCGCCUCCCUCUCUUGCUUCUCUGGAUCAUUGCGUUGGCCCCGUUUCAUCAUUUGUCGAUCUCGAUCCCAAUCAUGGUCUCUGCUUCGAUGUCGAUCGGUUUCCGAUCGAGGAUGCACUCUGUGAGUUCCUCUUGGAUGUUUUCCCAGGGUUUCUCGUCUCUGGGGAGGAGGAUCGGUGUGGUUUCUCAGUGGAUCAUGAGAUCGAGCUCUCUGAGAAAUUGGAGGUAUGGCUUUGUGAGAAAGGAGAAGCGGGGAUGAGCUUGAUUUCUCGAUCGGAUGCUUUGGGAAUCGGAUUAGAGAAGAGGUUCCAGUUUGAAGUACUGGAGGUGGACUUACCCUUGAGGGAUUGUGAAAGCUCUCGUGUAGGAAAUGAAGCAGGACUACGUUUCUGGAUUCCUGACAUUGAAAUUCCUCUAGUGAUGGUCAAUGCCGGAGUAAUCCAAGCGGCAAUAAGAAUCACAUACCCUCAUGGGGUUGCAAAGUCAAUUUUUUCAGUGGAAGAAAUGCCGGUUACAUCCAAUGCUGAUGAGGAUCCUAAUGCUCUCAAAGAUGGCAGUUCUUUACUAUAUGGUAUGGUGAAACAUCCUAUCAAAUUACCAUGCUUUGAAGUCAAUGAGUUUGAUUUGGAGCUAAAAGCAAGCUUAUCUAUGGAAGAAACUCUCAGUAUUAUGCUUCCCAAAUUUGAACACUGGCAAGGGACCCAUGGGGAUGAGUUGGUGCUUAAUGCAAAGGAAUUUUUGGGUUCCACUAAUAUGGACACUUUGGGACAUCUUUCAGGGUACACUCCUCUUGAACAAUGUGUUGAAGAGGAACCUAUAAUAUUUGAUCCUAUUUUAGAUAUGGAUCUGUUAAACUUCUUUGGCAACAUUCUCCUUGAGAAAGGUCCUGCUAUCUUCCCAAUCACAUCAGAUGGAGAUCAUUAUUCUAAUUUGCCUUGCUCAGUGCAUUUCCAGGAAGUUCAGAUCCUUGAUUCUUCCCAUACAUUGCAAAUCUUUGGCAGCUUGCCAACAGCUAAAGUCUUUGAAAUGUCUGAGCCCAUGUUCAAAGAUGACAUGGAACCUCUGCAGAGUGUAUAUGAAUCCAUUGUCAGCUCUGAACUUGCUCUGGUGGAUGAUACAUUUAGGUCAUUACCUGAACCUAUUCUGUGUGAUUUGAAAUUAAUGAAGUCAUUGAUUGUGAUUAUUGGAGAUCUUUUAUGUGCCCUGAAGCCACAUUCAUUUACUUUUGGUGAUGGGAUCUACUUAGAUUGGCAUCCUUUGCUAGAAGGCACUUGCAACCAGGAAAUUUGCUUAACUCAUAUGAACGCACUAGAGGAGGUUCUUAGUCUUGGAGAAGUUUCUGAGUUCCAACCUUCUGAUGGGCUGGCAAUACCUAUUGACUUUGAUCUGUUGGAUGACUCACCAGAAAACUUAAUUAAGUUUCAGAGAGAGAAAAUACACAAUGAACAUCAGCACAUUGCCUGUGAGUUGACUGAUGCUAAACCUGCUAGCACUCAGAAACUGAAAGAUCAGUUUAACAGGAACAAGACCAAAGACCAGAUUUCAAAACCAAAUAGAGAUAAAGUUUCUCUCUUAUUUGAAAAUAUGCCACAACACAGUGAUCUCAACUAUUUCUUGGAUGUUCGAAGAGGCACUGCAAUUAGUGAGGAUAAAAUCAUGAAAAGAGAGCCGAGUAGCAAGGACUCACCACCCGUAGUUAUCUUUGAAAACCCAUCUGCAACAAAUACUUCAUCUAAGACAAAUCUUCAACAGUGGGUAACUGAGGUUCAUCAGAUUAGCCUAUCAGACCAUAUUUUGGGCCUUCUAGAUUAUAUCAGGCAAAUCUAUCUAACUGUUUUCGAGGAGAACACAGCUAUAAGGAAUAAAAUCUCCCUUCUAAUUGGGAGUGAUUUUGAACAUUUGAGCCUUUCUCAGAAGAAGCUAGUGGAGCUUAUUAGGAACACAACUGCGAGUGAGUCUAGUUCAGACCAUAAAGAUGAAACUAUCACAACAUGCGUUGUACUUUAUGCAAUCAAACAUUUGGCCUAUCUUCUGUGCUUCUUUGGUGUACAUCCUGCUCAUCUAUAUCUGAACCAUUUAAUGAAAAAUAUUGGUAGUCCAAAUGCAGCUUUAAGAUCUGUAAAGAGUGUUAUUGACAACGCAUGGUGGAAAGUCGAGAAAGAACUAACUGAAUCUCAUCCAUCAUUGUCUUUCAUUGAAGGAAUUGUGAGGUCAAAUACAUUGCAGAAUGGUAAUAAGAUAUUGAUUGUAGCUGAUAGAUUGUUUUGGUUCUCACUCAAUCGAAAGCUGGCAUCCACGAAGAUAAAAUGUCAUGAAAUCAAAGAAGGGCAAAUACUGAUGAGUCAACUGGAUUACUUAAAUGAUGGUGAAUUUACUCUAGCAGCCUUGGAAGCAUUGCAGCAUUCGCAUUGUUUGCUAAUUUCUCAUGAGAAUAUUUCGACAUCAUUCCCUUUCAACAAGUUCAGCAUCAUAUUGGAGUAUGGUGGCCCAUCCACUUCAUCUAAAAUAUCCUCCAUGUCUCCCACCAUGGAUGAGUUACCUCAACUGCACUUCCUUGAAGUUAAAGUUGAUAAUCAAGUGUUUCCUAUGGAAUUUUAUGAAGGGUAUGAUGUAACUCUUCAUCUCAAAUCCAAGAUGGAAGGUGUCUCACAUACCAUGCCCAGCACACAGGGUAGUUCAAACAAUCAGCAUAUUUUAGAAAUGCUAAAUUUUGUGCCUAUUGAGGAGAAGAAUGGAUGCAGAUCUUCUGAUUCUGCAAAUCAAGUAGUUCCUUCUCAUGAAAAUGGCUUGACUAAGAGCAUGAAUACUGCAAAACCUAAGACUUCAAACUCAAGUACGCCUGUCCCUGAUGUAGUCAUUAUUGUGAAUACUCAGAGUUUUAAUAAGAAAAUGCUCAUCUCUCGAAGAAGUUCAUAUCAGAAAAUCCUGGUGAUGGAAAAAGUAGGUGCUCAAGUCAUUGAGCGAGACAUUAAUCUUCCCUUGGAUCUUAUCUUCAGUGCUGCAGUUUGUGUGGUAUGGUAUGAGGCCAGGAAUUUUGCAGACAACCAAGAAACUGCUGAAGGACUAUCAUCUAUACCAAAUUUCAUGGAAAAUAUCGCAACAAGCAUACUGAUGUCACUCAGUUUUGCUUUCAGUGGCUGCAUUAUGAUCUUUGAGGGAGAAAUUAGCUUUCUUGCUGCUAUAAUGGACUCAUCAGAUGCACUUUAUGCAGCAGCUGCUAGUCUGGACAUGAAUUUACAGCUAUUUUGCUCAUAUACAUCAGAAACCACCGAUGAAAUAAUUCUGAGCUCCAUUAGGAAUGCCACAAAGCUAAAUAGAAGCAUUUAUCCUGCAAUGCCUGAAUCUGAAACAAUAGGAGAAUCAUUUUUUACCAAGUUUCCUUCUAUAAAUCCACUCUCAGCUCAUGCAAUACUUUCCUCGGGUGGAAUGCUUGUUGAAUUUUUGGAAUGGUCACAUGAACGCAGAAUUCGGGCUAUUGGCAAGUAUCAUAUCCCUGAACAUUGUAUGUCCUUGUUCAGUUCUGUAUGCAGAUAUGGGGAGUUGGGGGAAUCUAAGUCUGUGAUGACUGAAUGUUCCUCCAUUGAUUCAGAUAGCAGCAGUGGAAAAUUUCAGUCAGACAGAAAAAGGCAUAAAAUGGCAAUUGAUUCCCGUACUUGCAGUAUGUCAUUUGACAAGUGCAUUGAAACAUUAAAUCAAUUGACUGAUGACAGUGCAGAAAAGGCUCAAACAUCCCAUCCGUAUCAGCCUAGGUAUUUCUGCAUGAGUAGAGUUCAAGGUAACAAUUGCAGAGUUCAACCGCCCAUGUUUGGUAGCCUUGUACAUGACAUUGAAGGACAUGACUACAUUAAUGAAAAUUCAGUUGCUGAAGUAAUUGACCAAAAUUCCUCAUUUUUCGGUGAGCAAUUCUCCAAAAAUCCUGAAAUUGGCACCUUCUUGAGCAAACAACAAGCAAGAAAUGAAGCAGCUGCUGAAAGCUCUCAGCCUCACAGAUCAAUGUUUGGUGCCACUGUUCAUCCGACAUUUCCUACUGCUGCGGAGAUAAAUAAAUGGGAUAUCUUAAAGGUUCAGAAUCAAGACUUGAAAGACAAAGUCUGUGAUAGGUCGUCCUUGGGCUUCAAGAAAGAUUUCACUGUAGAAGACCAAGGACAUUAUCAGAAUGACAAUCUAUUGCCAAGACAUGUCUUCAGAUCAUCUGUAAAUGUAAAUAUUAAACCACCUUACAGCGGGAGUUCAUGCCUAAAUACUAUCCAUUCACAGAGAGCAGAUAAAGGAUCAAAUUGGACUCUGGAGCUCCUGAAUAGAGUCAAAGAGAAGAGAAGAAUGCAUCAGCAAAGCCUUCAGUGCAACAAAAGUCCCAAUCUCAUUUCAGUUUUGAACAAUAAAGAGAAGCACCCCAUAAGUCGAAGUCCAUCCAUUAUUGAUAGCUACAAAAGUAAAGCCUCUAUAAAACGAAGUCCAUCUAUUAUUGACAGCUACAGGUUCCAAGGAAGCAACAAGGCAAAGAAUGUAGCCAAGCAGAAGUGUAACAAAGGAACUAAAACACACCUGUUUAAUUCUGAAGAAAAGAAUGAUGCUCUUCUCAUUACUCCCACAUGGACACCCGUAGACAAAAGAGCAAGACAGAAUCUUUCAUUCACAAGGAAUGGGAAUGAAAAGCAAAGCAAACUGGUCUGGAGAAGCAGAAACAGCCCUAACAUAGGUUAUAAUGUGAGAAAAAGAUAUCGAGAUGAAGGUUAGGGGUGCAUGUUUGCUAUAGAUGCAGUUAUUUCAAGUUUUGCUAUAGGUCUAUGUUUAGAGCCCUUCAUUGCUUUCUCUUAUUGCAUAGAUAUAUGAUUGGGCUGUGACAUUAUGCCUAAGGCUUCCUUUGAUCUGCUUUGGCACGCCAAUCUUUUAUUAACAAAAGGAAGCAAGUUUCACAGAGUUAUCCUCUCUUUUUUAUAUGGACUUUUGUUUCUAUCACAAAUGUCAUCAGAAAGCAUGCCCAUCAAGCAUUAUAUACUCUUAAAAACAACCGGUUCUGAAUGAUGGUGAAAAUACAAUGAAAUAUACUUUUAUUUGAAACCUUAUAACAUGUGUAAGGAUCUGUGUGGGCCAUUUUAGGUAUUACAAUCAAAAGUUCUACACACAAAAAAGCAAAUGGCAUCACUUCUGGUAAAAGAAUAUUUAUAUAUAUAUAGUAAUAUGCUUCUUCUUUUU